AGGACUUCUGACUCACUCUGUCCGAGAACAAUAUGUCGGACCCACGGAGGCCCAACAAAGUGCUGAGGUACAAGCCCCCACCGAGUGAGUGUAACCCAGCCCUGGAUGAUCCGACACCAGACUACAUGAACCUGCUGGGCAUGAUCUUCAGCAUGUGUGGCCUCAUGCUUAAGCUGAAGUGGUGCACUUGGGUCGCUGUCUACUGCUCCUUCAUCAGCUUUGCCAACUCCCAGAGCUCUGAGGACAUGAAGCAGAUGAUGAGUAGCUUCAUGCUGUCCAUUUCUGUUGUGGUGACGUCAUAUCUGCAGAACCCGCAGCCCAUGACGCCCCCCUGGUGAUAUCAGCCUAGAGGGUACACAGCCUGGGCCUCUCUAUCUACCUUGCCCUAGGCCUCACCCGUGGCUGUUCAGCCU